AUGGAGUUCUUGAAUGCAAAUGGCAUCAUUCACCGUGAUUUGAAACCAAGUAAUAUGCUCUUAACAGGUGAUCAAAAACAUGUAAAGUUGGCGGAUUUUGGACUUGCUAGAGAGAAAACUAAAGGUUUCAUGACUUGCGAAGCUGGUACCUAUAGAUGGAUGGCCCCUGAGUUAUUCAGCCAUGAGGCGCUUCAAGUUGGCGAGAAGAAACACUACGAUCAUAAGGUGGAUGUUUACAGCUUCGCUAUUGUCUUCUGGGAGUUGCUUACCAACAAAACCCCAUUCAAAGGAAAGAACAACAUCUUUGUAGCUUAUGCUGCCAGUAAAGUAAGCCAGCCACAUUUUUCCCUUUCAGUGUUACUGUUUUCUAUCUAG